CUUACUACAUUUUGCUGUUUUUACAGUCUAACUGAAGGAAAAUGAUGGAAGAGAGUGGAAUAGAGAGCACACCCCCUGGGACCCCUCUGCCCAGUUCCGCAGGACUGGUCGCCGCCACGCUGUCUUCCUCCCCCGCCCCUCUAGCUGCAGCCAGUUCUUUGUCUUCUCCAAACAUGUCCUCUGGGCAGCCCCUGCCGCCGCACGCGUCCUCCACCCCGCAGCCGUCCCUGCCUCCUGUGAAGCCUUCUUCCACGGUGCCCUUUGUGGCCCCUUCCCCCGUGCCUUCUGCUCCAGCGCUUGUCACCUCUGUCCCGCCUCCUGUCCCUCCUCCGUCUGCUGCUGCCGCCUUCAGUAAUCCUCCUCCAUCGCACUUCCCACCUCCGGCCCCGGCCCCAAACACGCUCUUAGCUGCGCCCUCCUCGGGUCCCCCCACAUCAGGCUUUUCCGUGGGUUCAUCCUACGACAUUACAAGGGGACAUGCAGGAAGAGCUCCCCAGACACCCCUGAUGCCGUCGUUUUCCGCACCUCCAGUAACAGGUAUUUUGCCACCUCCUAUUACUCAGCAAGCUGGUUUGACAUCUCUGGCACAGGGAACUGGAACCACAUCAGCCAUUACUUUUCCAGAGGAACAAGAAGAUCCUAGAAUUGGUCGAGGUCAGGAUGAGGUGUCAGCUGGUGGACUCUGGGGUUUUAUUAAGGGUGUGGCUGGGAACCCUGUGGUGAAGUCUGUACUUGAUAAAACCAAACAUUCUGUGGAGAGCAUGAUCACAACGUUGGACCCUGGCAUGGCUCCGUACAUCAAAUCUGGAGGUGAACUGGAUAUUGUAGUGACAUCAAAUAAAGAAGUAAAAGUUGCUGCCGUCCGAGAUGCCUUCCAGGAGGUCUUCGGCUUAGCCAUGGUCAUAGGGGAAGCUGGACAGUCCAAUAUUGCCCCACAACCAGUGGGCUAUGCAGCUGGAUUAAAAGGUGCCCAGGAACGGAUUGAUAGCUUGCGUCGAACUGGGGUGAUCCAUGAAAAGCAGACUGCCGUGUCAGUAGAAAACUUCAUUGCAGAACUGCUUCCUGACAAGUGGUUUGACAUCGGCUGUCUGAUAGUUGAAGACCCUGUGCAUGGCAUUCAUCUGGAAGCAUUUACACAAGCCACCCCAGUACCCUUGGAAUUUGUACAGCAGGCUCAAAGUCUAACUCCCCAGGACUACAAUCUGAGGUGGUCAGGCCUUUUGGUGACGGUGGGUGAAGUCUUGGAAAAGAGUUUACUAAACGUCAGCCGGACUGAUUGGCACAUGACCUUCACGGGCAUGUCUCGGCGGCAGAUGAUCUACAGCGCGGCCAAAGCGAUCGCGGGCAUGUACAAGCAGCGCCUGCCGCCCAGGGCCGUGUGAGGACGCCCGCCCGGGACACGGCGGCUUGCCCACGGUGAGCUUGCUGGGGGAGGAAAGGUGGUUCCUUCUCAGACGGGACAGCUCUGAUCAGUCCGGCACCUUUGAUCAUUUCCCUGUAGGCUGCAGUUUCUCUUUUCCUAGGAAGGCAUGUAUCAUUCCAGUAGGUGAGAAGAAAAAUCCUUUUUAUGAUUAUGUAAUUUCACAUACCAUGGUCCUCAAAAAGUAUAUAAAUAUUUUUAUAGGACAAUUUGAUACACCAAAUUUAAGGUGAAAAUUUAAGCGCUAAGAUAUACUUGAUUACUUUGUUUUUUUAAGAAAUACUUGUCAGAACAUGUUUACUGAAUAGUUCUUAAAAGCAUGGUUUCUUUCAAUUCAUGAUUCAUUUCUUCCACACCAGUCUUUGAAACUGUGUGUGUGCACGUGAUCGCGGUUCUGCGGCUGAGCGGUGUGCUCAACUGUGGACCCUAGGCACCUUAUAGGGAGAUGGUGCACACUUCUAUGCAUAUUUUUAACAUGGGCCAGAAUAACGGAAUCCAUCAUUUUCUUUUGGUUAACAUGUUAUACAUAGUCUGAAAAAUUCUGUUUUCUAAAUAAGUUUUAGCAUUUUGUAUUAGUAUAUGUUGAGCAUUGGUAUUUUUUCAUUGGUUUUUGACAGCUAAGGGACAAAUGAUUCUAGUGUAUUUAAAUCAGAAACAUUUUGGUUUUUUUUUUUAAUAAUACCAUUCAGUGCUUCCAGGUAAAUUGUGACAGCAGCCCCUAUUUCUACUGUCACUCAUUUCCCCAACUGUAAUAGAGAAACUUUUGAGAUGGAGUUACUUUGUUAUUUAUGGAAUUGUAUGCCUUUUGUUUUAAUUAAGGUUACUUCUUUAGUUUGCCUUAAAUGCUGCUUUUCUAACUUUGUGCCAUUCUGCCUUUACUUUUUAUGGAAGCUUUCAAAGGAACUAUUUUUUAGUUAGUGUGAUUUAUUUAGUCCAUUACGUUUGUAUUUAAUGAAAGCUUCUUUUUCCCCCAAAUAAUAUAUUUUACCAUUUUGGGAUUUAUAUAAAUCAAAAAUAAAAAGUUCGUCAUAUACUUUUGAACUCUGUGUAUGACAGUUCAAAUAUCUUUUUCAAAAUACUUUCUUAUACAAAUGUAAUUUAAUUUUUAUUUACUCUUCUAUACAAGUCUUUAGAUGUAAAAGAAGUAGCACAAUCUUAUAAAAUCUUUUAAGGUGUUGAAGUUGUUAUCCUGUACUGUCAUUACAUGUAAUGUUUGCUUUGUAUUAAUAUUAUUUCAAGUACUUACUUGAUUUCUGUUCUUUUUCUACCUGAGGAUGAGAAGAUUAAGUAUUAAUUUUACAACUAUGGUAUGUGUUAAUUUCCAAGCACUAUAUAAUGAUUGUUCAGUGCAAUUCAGACUCUGUGUCAUGGAAAGUAAUGAGAGAAGACAGAUGUAGCCAGUUGUUAUAGCAUAAUAGGGACAAAAUACUUAUUCUCCCUCUUUAUUGGUAUUUUUGGAACACUUCAUCUGUGUUUUCUCCAUCUUUUUUGAAUAAGAGAUGCCUUUCGCUACCAUUUGUUUCUGUGCUUUAUUUUUAAAAGCUACCGUUUUCUAAUAUUUUAUCAAGCACUGGCCUGAUGACACAUCACUGUUUGGAGUGAAGGGACAAAUGCCCAUAUUUAAUAUUUCUGCCUUUUCCUCCUCCAAUUAUAGGGAAAUUUUACAAGUCCUAAAAAUAUCUGAGUUUUAAUUUUCUGUUUUACCAAGUCUCAAAUAUCUUAAUUUGAUAUUCAGGGUUGUUUUCAUAGAAUCAUGGACACUGAUACUCCAUUAGAGGAUGAUUUUCCUAGAGUCCCCGAACACCAGUGGCUGACUGUUUCUAAGGCGUGGGUGUAGGUGAUUUCCCUGCACUUGGCAGUCUGCACCUUCAGAGCUUUGUAAGUGAGGAUUAGGGGAGGGAAGAUGGAAAAGAUAAAUACAUGAUCUCGUUCUGGCCCAGUUACCUUUGAAAGGUAUCCGUGUAUGACUGACUCCACACACUCAACUUUCCCAGCCUCUUUAUCUUUUCAUUCUUAGAUUUCCCUGCUGUACAAGGGACAAGUAAAGUAACCGGUUGUCUGUCACACACCACAACAGCGUUAGCCAGGCGGUCUUUCCGUGUUGGUUUCAUUUUGGCGUGAAAUAGGCUGACCAUCAACCUAAGACCACGGUUCCUUCCCUUUGCCACUCGCCCACAUGCCCCUGUUCUUCUCCUGGUCUCCUCUGAACUUCCACACAAUCAUUUUUUAGGGAGAGCUGAGCUGGGGGCUAUUUGUUAUUUUUGCCCCCUCAAGCUUCUUGGGACAAUCUGUCUCUAUCACAGUUCUUUGCCACUAUUGUUUUGGUUAUGUUUGUGUUGUUUUUCUUCUGAAGUGCUCCCAGAACCAUGUACUGAAUUUGAUAAGCUUGUACACUUUUUUUCUUUUAAGUAAGCAGUAUGAAAGAAUGGGGAAAAAAUGCAGGAAGAGUAAUUUAACAUCAUACUCAGGGACAGAAAGUACUCAAAGUUUUCAAUAUUGUCCUGUUAGUAAGUUCAUUAGGUAACCUUGGGUGCAGAGCAUGGCCUCAGAAUUCUAGGGGGAAAGCAUGACACAAUACCAGUAGCUGUGUCUCCUGAGUCUCUGUUGAGUACUUCCUCAUUCUUUGUUCUUCUUUCUCUCAAGAGAUUAAUGAGGCAGAAAAUUGAGAUGAAUGGAUGUAGACAAAAUGGUAGUAUGAUAAUAUAAACAGACAAGAAUACAGAUGAAAGUGUAUCAUGUACAUCAAUUCAACAUUAUGCAAAUUAGUCAUUACUCAGGGUCAACUAACUUAGUUUAAGAUGCUGAACUUACUUUGUUCCUUGGUUAGAAAAAAAUUUGAACAGGAAUUUGUGUUCUCUGAAGCCAAAAUGAUAGUAUCCUUUGCUCUAAAAGAUGCUGGGUUAUGCAUAAAUUUAAAAACUUGGAUUUUUACUCCCAGAAUAUACUUUUUUAAAAAGACACUAUGUAGGAUGAUGUAUUGGAUAAAACCAAUUUUGUACGUAUGUAAAUAUGUCAUAAAUAAAUCAUACCUCGACUUA